AUGGGCAAGAAAGAAAAGAACCAGGCUCAUGAAGAGAGAGACCAGCGCAACAGAAAAAGACGGGCUAAACAACAUGCUUCGACAUCCUCUGAAGACCACGACACCGAACCAAGCAACUCAUCUCACUCGGUCCGGGCCAACGGUGUGGCCAAGGAUGGUCCUCCGGCGGAUCAAGGGCGAAGCAUCCGUUUAGAUGAUAUCAGUAUAACCAAACUUCUGUCUCUCGAGGAAACAUUCCAGAGUUUAUCUGAAGUUUCAGGGGUAUUCAAAUACAUAAAACACGGUGCUGCCAAAGCCGGUGAUGUAUUUCGGCCUGAGAUCGAACUCAGAGCCGAAAAUGAAAGAUUACAGCAAAUGAUGAAUCAAAUUACGAAUGCCGUGGAAACACAACAGGUACAGGAUCUACGACAAAGAUGCCAUGAAUUGGAAGAGGAAAGAGUGAACUUGGGUGAAAUUCAGCAGGAAGCCGAGCGAGAACUACAGAGACUCGUCGAGGAGAGAGAAACCAUUCUUGUUGAAAGAAGGAAUAUGGAACAUGAGUUCAAAAAAAGAAUUGAAACUGCAAGGAUUCGUUUUGAUCAGAAGUUAACGGAAGAAAAGAAAAGCCUCGAAGCUAAUCUAGCUUCGAUCAAACAAUCGGAAAAAGAAACCAAAGAUCUCAAUGUACAGUUAAAGGUACAAGGUGAACUCGCCGAACAGAAAGUCCAGGAUAUUCAAUACGGUAAUGAGAUAUUGAUGGCUGAAAAUAGACGGCUACAAUCGGACCUAGGCAAGGAAAGAUCAAGGUUCUCUAUCCAGAGCAAGGGUAUCGAUUAUUAUCGAACAAACUUCACGAAAUUGCAUCAAAAGCUGGAAGACUUGGUUUAUGAUUUCGUUACUGGCCCCAUGAAUGGUGACCAAAUACGAGCUGUAGAAGCCACCGGUCUUGAACAACAAGAAUUCUUCAAGUUUGUUCCAACAAGGGAUUCUGAUGUGGCUCAAUAUCUAUGGAGACAAGGCACGCAAGCCUUCAUUGCGUCACUGAUCUGUAAACAUAUCUGGCAGUCUUUCCCUUGUGAUCACGUGAGAGAAUUUACAGAUACAAGUAAAGUGGAAAUUGCUUUUGACACGAUGUCUCGAAAAUAUGCACAAAUCGACGUCGAGAAAGAAGGGAUUUGGCGAAAUAUGACCUAUGAGAUCUUGGACAGUUUCCGCGUACAAUUGUCAAAGAAGGAGCGGCCGCACAAAGAUCUAGUGUCCAGCACCGUUAAAGCGCUGGGUCCUAUUAUCCAUUCUUCGAAAGAAGAAGAUUUUGCUAUCAAGUUGACGGAGGUUGUCAGCGAAGCGUCAGGCUUAUGGGCCGCCGUGAAAACAGACACUACCAGAAUCUACAUAUCGGCCAACCCGCCCAACGAAAAUAAGGGCGGACCGAAAUGGAAAGUGGCAUCUUUGAAAGGCAUUGAGACACUGACGUGUUCCGAGACUAUUAACAUUCCAGAUGCUCACUCCCUCUGUUUGUUCCCCUCUAUCACUGCAACUGGGGCCUCCGGAAAAGAUGAAGUUAUUUUCCCCGGACAGACUCUCUUUGCUGAUUGUGUAGCGUUCGCUCUGGGGUAUCAUGAACAACAAGAAUCGGCUAGGGAGCUCAAACAAAGAGAAUGGGAGUUACGAUAUAAUCAUCGCAAACACAGCCUAAGUCAACCAGCCUCCUCUAUUCAGGGUCUGCCGCAGAAUCUGGCCCCAGCCCUGUCCUGA